GGACGAGACGUAUGGAUUCAUCGGAGAAGCGGAUAGAGGUGGAAAAUGAAUUCAAACGUUUAGAGACGAUUGAACGUCAGUUGAAGAAUCGUAUGAUCUUCAUAGGAACAUGGCCAGUAUCAAAUCCCAAUAUAUUCUACCGGGCUAUAUCAAUCUUCGAUAUAAUUUGUAUUAUCCUCCUGGGAAUCAUGGUAAUGCGAUUUGCUUCUGCCAAUAUUUCAAAUAUUAAUCUGAUGGUGAGAGGAUUCAGUCUAGGCGGAAGUUUCUUCACUAUUGCCUUCAAGAUAGGCCUUUUUGUAUUUCACAAAGAAACAGCCCUCGAGUUGAAGGUCAUUCUCCGCAAGUAUCAGACUGAGCUGCUCGCACAUAAAAAAUUCAAAUAUUUGGUAUUGGAGAAUUUCGGGGGAUUUCGACGUGUGAUCACUCUAUUAGAUAUUUUCGUUUUUCUUGGCUGUCUAAUGUACAGCCUCACUCCCAUAGUAAUGAUGAUUAUCCGGGUCCAAAAGCAUGGGCAGCCUGUAAAGUAUCUUCUUCCAACGCCUGCCCUGUACCCAUGGAAAAUUCCACCUGGAGGACUCCUGUACAUAAUCACGUACAUAUGCGAAACGUAUAUUAUAUGGUGUAUGUAUCCCGUGACUGCUGGAAUGGAUCCAAUGUUUGCAUAUUUUAUUUAUCAAAUAACAAGUCAACUUCGAGUUAUGAGUUAUCAAAUGAAGAAUCUACCAUCAGCUGAGGAUCUCAAUGAUUUUAUACGGAAAUGGAUGAUGAAGUUCCUGGUGAUGAAAAAGUGCUGUGACAAUCUUCAAAAGAUUUAUGGACCUCUCAUCUUGUGGCAAGUCAUUACAAAUUCAACUGUCAUUUGCACUAUUCUCUUUCAAAUUCUACAAGGUGGAGCCAGCGCGGUGCAGAUUAUUCUGGUGCUAGGACAUUGUGCUGGGAAGAUCAUGCAGACGUAUACGUAUGCCUGGGCUGGAUCUCAGCUGACGACUGAGAGUCAAGCCCUGACUGAAUCAGUCUACUUCAGUGAUUGGAUGGGACCAGAUCGUCGAAUUUUUAGGAAAUCAAUUCUACUCAUCCUAACACAACCAGCUCUCCAAGUCACAGCUGCUGGUUGGGUUACUGUUUCCCUGGAUCUCUUCACGAUGACACUGAAUACAGCAGUGUCUUAUUUCUUCUUACUCCAAACAUUUGAAGAGCAACAAUCGUAGAGAAGAUUAGAGUUAUUAUAAAAUUUUCAUGUGAUUAAAUCAGUCGAAAUAGAUUGUUCUAAUAAAAUUAUG